GUAAAAGAGAAAAUGAAAAUCUAAAAGAAAUUGAAGGCAAAGGCGCAAAGCCGCGUGAUUCCAGUUUUUGAGAAGAUGAGGAGACCGAAUUCAUCUUUUGGUAACAUGACCUCACCAGUCAACGCUCUCACUCCAUCUCCCUCAGAUCCUAGCAGACCGACUUGUAUGCGUAUGACUUUGACUUUCAUUCUCUUCUUCUCUGAUCUGACUCAUCGCUGAUGCCUCCUGCUGCUCUCUCAAAUACUUUAUACCUCUCACAAUAUCUCGUUUUAUACCUCUCAUAAUAUCUCGUCGUUGCUCUGGUUCCAGUCGUCUCCGACCACAACCACAAGUUCUAUCAUCUAUGGUAUAAAAAUGGGCAUAUCUUUUCGUCCCGGGCAUCAAAUUCCUUAGGACGAGCCUGACAUCAAGAUAGCUUAUUGGUGAUCACUUGGUAAUAAAACACUCCAAAAUAGAGUUGACCGGAUCUCACAUACUUCAAUCUCAGGUACGUUCAAGCUAUUGCAUACAACUUUUUCCAUCGGUCAUGGAACAUUUUGAUCACCUCAAAAUUCGAAUGGAAGACAUAAUAUCUGCCACUGGAAACUUUAGUCACGACAGACUAAUCGGACGUGGUGGGUUCGGUCCGGUGUACAAAGGAGAACUCUCACUUUCAACACCAACCAUGGUAGCUUUCAAGCGCUUAGACCGUAGACUGGGUCAAGGGAACACUGAGUUUUGGAAGGAGAUCACAAUGCUUUCCGAAUUAAAACAUGCAAAUCUAGUUUCUCUCAUGCACUUUUGCAUUCAGGGCGAUGAGAGAGUCCUUGUGUACGAAUAUGCCUCUCGUGGAAGCCUUGAUCGCUAUAUAAGUGAUGUUAGUCUUACAUGGACUCAACGCCUUGAUAUAUGCCUUCAGGCUGCACGUGCGCUAAGGUACCUUCAUGAUCCAAAGAAACCUCAAGGAAGAGUUCUCCAUCGUGAUAUUAAAAGCUCCAACAUCCUUUUGGAUGACAAGUGGACUCCUAAAGUUUCUGAUUUUAGGUUGUCAAAGAUUGGCGUAUCAAACCAACCACACACUGUUGUUGUCUCCAAUCCCGUUGGCACAGUUGGAUAUUGUGAUCCGUUGUAUUGGGAAAUGGGCUUUCUAUCAAAAGAGUCUGACGUGUAUUCCUUUGGAGUGGUGCUCUUUGAAGUAAUGUGCGGAAGUUUAUGUACCGAGUAUCGUAAUGAUAAACAUACAAGUUUAGUAAGUUGGUGGAAAAAAUGUUGUGAUGAAAAGAAAUUAGAUGGUAUUAUCUUUCAACAUAUAAAGGAAGAAAUAGAAUGGGAUUCUUUGAUAACCUUUUCAACCAUCGCCAAUCAAUGUACAAGUAGAGAGCGUAAAGAACGACCAACAAUGGAAGAGAUUGUGGAAGAACUUCAGAUUGCACAUGAACAACAGAAUAUCAAUAGCAACGUCCCUCUAAUCGAGAUGUCAGAGCGUGCUGUACCUCCACUAUCCUACACAUCCCAAAAGGAACUCAUAUCACUUCUUUCCAAAGGGAUCCUUGUUGAUGAGGGCAAAAGGUGGGUUACAAUAAAUAAAAACAAACAAUUUCAUGAAAUGAUAUCUGCAGCAGAAUGUAUACAUGGAGGGAGGUUUAUUUGUCGCAGUGAUGAUUAUUCAAGGUUCUCAAAUAUUUUCAUUUCAUUUUCCUCUGAUUUCAAAGUAGAAGUGAGGACUCGAUUCUUGUCACCACAUGUAGCUUACACCAUAAACCUUGUCUUCAAACAUGAAAUUAACAAGCAUGGGAUAUAUGUACCCUUCUUAUACAAAUUGGAAGAGGAGACACAUUAUUCAAAGUCACACGCUGUGCAAUUGAGAAAAGAUGGGUGGCUAAUGGCUGAAUUAUAUCGGUUUACUAGUUACAGAGAGGAACAUGAAUUCAAAAUUGAGUUCUUACAAUUUGCUAUUACAAGUCGUUGGCGUCAUUUAGAAGGCAUUGAAUUUCGACCCGUGGAGCAUGGCAAACAUAUGAGGCGAAGAUCUGGUUUGGACACCGAGUUGGAACAAAAGAUGACACUAGAUUAUAUGGAUUUAAUCAAGUUGUCAAAAGAUAAUUUACAGUGGACAACUAAGAAGGAUUUAUACUUUCUUCUUCGCAAAGGCUUUCUUAUCCACGAGGGUGAAAAGUGGAUUUCUAUUAGCAAAAAUAUGAAGAAACGUCUAAUGAUAUCUGCUAGAUCCAUUCUGAUAGAGCGCGACUGGAUAUGGAAGUCUCAACCAGAAUCAAGAUUCGAAGUGGUAGCUGAGUCUCUUGACAAUCACAAGUUGACCAUUGAUUUUCAAAUCAAAUCGGAAUCGUUGACCCUUGAGACAAGUUAUUCUUGUCAUCUCAUAUACAGACUACCAGAACAAUAUUCUUUGCUUGAGGAUUACAUAACAUUUCGGAGUACGGGAUCAAUUAAUUAUGUUCAAUCUUUCUAUUUAGUCCAUGCUCCUCCAAGCCCUAUUAUCCGAUCCAUAGCUGAUGAAAAGUACGACUUGCCAUCACACUCCCGCAAAAUAAAAGGUUAUCCGAAAAUGAGGAAGGAUGGUUGGAUGGACCUUACAUUGUGUGAAGUUUCAACCAAAGACACAGAAGUUAUUAAAAUGCGUCUUGAAUGUCGUGGAUCUAAAGUUACACAGUUUGUUGGCCUUGUUAUUCAAGGGAUAGAGUUUAAGCCGUUGUAAAUGCCAUUUUCUCUUCGUUAUUCA